AUGGCCUCCAUGCCGUCGGGGCCAAACCACCAUCAACCACUGCAACGACCACCACCUCCCUUACCGUUACCGUUACAACAGCCGCAAACUGUGAAUGAACCACCGAAGGCGACGGCAGUUAGUGUAGUCUCCGGUAUGGAGACUGAUAAGGAAAUGGCAGCUACUGUCGUUGACAGUAAUGAUGCAGUCACUGGUCACAUAAUUUCAACUACUAUUGGAGGCAAAAAUGGUGAACCUAAACGGACAAUCAGUUACAUGGCCGAACGUGUUGUUGGCACGGGUUCAUUUGGAAUAGUUUUCCAGGCAAAGUGCUUGGAGACUGCAGAGGCAGUGGCUAUAAAGAAAGUUUUGCAGGACAAGCGGUACAAAAAUCGUGAGCUGCAGUUAAUGCGCGUGAUGGAUCACCCAAAUGUAAUUUCUUUGAAGCACUGUUUCUUCUCUACAACAAGCAGAGACGAACUGUUUCUGAACUUGGUGAUGGAAUAUGUGCCUGAGACGAUGUACCGAGUUCUAAAUCACUACAAUAAUAUCAACCAGAGAAUGCCCCUAAUCUAUGUGAAAUUAUAUACAUAUCAGAUCUUUAGAGGACUGGCAUAUAUUCAUACUGUACCGAGGGUUUGCCAUAGGGAUGUGAAACCCCAAAAUCUAUUAGUUGAUCCUCUCACUCACCAAGUUAAGCUUUGCGAUUUUGGAAGUGCGAAAGUUCUGGUUAAGGGUGAAGCAAACAUUUCAUACAUAUGUUCACGAUACUAUCGGGCCCCAGAACUAAUAUUUGGUGCUACAGAAUACACAACUUCUAUUGAUAUCUGGUCAGCUGGUUGUGUCCUUGCAGAACUUCUUCUAGGCCAGCCAUUGUUCCCAGGAACAAAUCAGGUGGAUCAACUUGUGGAAAUUAUUAAGGUUCUUGGUACUCCAACUCGAGAAGAAAUUCGUUGUAUGAACCCUGAUUAUACUGAUUUUAGAUUUCCUCAGAUUAAAGCCCAUCCUUGGCAUAAGGUUUUUCACAAGCGAAUGCCUCCUGAAGCAAUUGACCUUGCAUCAAGGCUUCUUCAAUACUCACCAAGUCUUCGUUGCAGUGCGCUGGAAGCAUGUGCACAUCCUUUCUUUGAUGAGCUUCGAGAGCCCAACGCCCGGCUUCCUAAUGGUCGUCCUCUGCCUCCACUCUUCAACUUUAAACAGGAAUUUUCUGGAGCAUCUCCUGAACUGAUCAAUAAACUCAUCCCAGAACAUAUCAGGCGGCAAACUGGACUCGGCUUCCCAUAUUCCGGCUAG